AUGAGCGGCGGCACAGCGCUUGAGCACAUCGAUGCAGUCGAUGCCUUUGCCAAAACUCUCUUUGUCCGAGUCAAGACCUGCUCAUCACCACUUUUCACUGAAGUCUCUGCCACUGUCCGCAGACUUCACCUUGCCUUACGACAUCUGCGGGUGGAAGCUGCUGAUCCCGACUCCUUGCUGAGAAGUGCUGAUGCCUCUGUGUAUGCUCGCCAGGUCCGACCCAUCGUCGAGGACUGCGACUUUGCUCUCAAGCAGCUCGAGACAGUUCUAGAAAAGUUCGAUGCUGCUGGCGGCCGGGAAUCAGAUGGCUUGACGGAUCGAAUCGCUACAGUGCGCUCUCGCCUUGCCAGUGAGACGACUAGUGUGGACAUGUUCCUUGAUACGGUGCAACUUCACAAUCCAGCGAAUAAUGCGCCCGAGGUCGUUACUCACGGGAAUGAGUCGAAUUUGGAAGGGAUUAAGGACAAGGUGGACAACAUCGCUGCGAGAUUGUUCCGUCGUUGGGAUACAAGCGGUGGCAUCGUCGAUGAUGAGGAUCGAAUGUGGCAAGAGUUUAAGUCGGAACUUGAGAUGGAGGGAUUCUCCCCUCAAGUUCUACGUCAACAUAAGGAUGUCCUCCGGGCUUACAUUCGCGAGCUUCAGUCCAUGUCACCUGCUACUGGGGGACCUCCACCUACAGUAAGGGGGUUGCUUGAGCACGAAGCCAUGAGCACACCGCCGCCUCUCCCACCCAAGGAGCCUCUCUCCCCAAAAGAGCUAUACCCAUCGUAUGUUGACAAUGAGAAGUGUUUUCCUAGCAUCAAACAGGAGCGGCGCAUGCCCGAUCACGCACCCAUUGCCAGCGCAUACGGCAAUGAGAACCGCUCAUUUUCUUCUGAUGACGGGUCGGGAGAUACAAAUGACUCUCUUGCCCUUAUCUCAACCAAAGAUUUGAUAGCCAUGGACAGCAUCAAUGCAGGCAUGGCAGGGAUGCAGUUGCAGCCUUCCACCUCGCAUCUUGGAGCCCCAACCAUGAGAAGUAGUCCAGGCUUGCUACCGUCUGGUAUGUCGGGAAGCUGGCCACCGCCUCAUAUGGCAGCCGGACAAGCCAACCUCCCGCACUCUGCAGGCGGAUCUCCAAAUGUCGGUUACUUGCAGCCGGGAUAUCCACCGGCCCCUGGAGCGCAACCAAACAUGUUUGCAUUAAGCCCGAGGACCAUGACCCGCUUGGCACCUGAUAGAUAUGGCAAAGAUAUUCCCAUGGACGCAACUUGGACAAGAAUCAGGAGGUCUCUUGUAAGUCCGGAAGUGCUACAACGCGCCGGUGUGCGUUACGAAGCAAGACCAGAGUACGUGGCCAUCCUUGGGAGACUCUCACGAGAACAAAUUGCGGACUAUGCCAGACAGAGCGCAGACUGUCGUGCUGCUCGAUCAGGAAGGUAUCCGCCAAAGGGUUCUCAAGAUGCCUACAAUCCGCGGGACCGGGCCGACUCAAAGAGCAGCCGUGAUGAUAAUGACGACGAGAGUGUUUUGUGGGAUGAGAGCGACGUCACCGACUAUGAUGAUGAUAAGACGUCUGUACGAGGCACCAAAAGCUACCCUUACAUUGUCAGCCCACCCAACAAGGAUAAGACGUCCCCAUCGAGUACCGUGAAGCCGAAGCCAAUCCUGAAAAACAAGAACGAGAACCAUGUACGAUUCGACCCCGAACCCCAUGAAGUAGAUAUCAAGGCCUCGAGAUCAUAUGAUGAUGAUUACGACAGAAGAAGAGAAAAUGGCUCCCGGAGAAACCGUGACUACCGCGACAAUGGCAGACGAGAUGACAGGCGGGGAGAUGAUGACCGUCACAGAUACCCAAAUCGCAAUGAGCAAGGUCGCCGGAGGGACCGCAGGGAUGAGAGGCAUAUGAGGAGGAAAACCUGGGGUGAAACAAUCGGUGCCGUGAGCAUUGGUGGCGCCGCGGCAAGUUUGCUUGGUGUCCUAGCAGAAGCGGCAGUUGGGUUCUAA